UUGGAUUGUGCACACAUCGAGUAUUUUGGGGUCGAAUGAUAACGACUUUGAAACUCUUCAUAGAAUUUAAGCUAGGAAAAUAUAGGGACAGAUUGGUUGAUUUUAGGUUGAUCCAUGACAAUGUACAGCUGAAAUCCAUGUGUUGAGUUGAAAUUUCAUUCAUAAGCCAACAUGAACAUCAGAACCCCAUGGGCGAUGUCGAACAUGCGGUUUACGUUCGUCCUAAACGAAUCGUAGCUCCUCCAGUAAUUGCUUGCCGUUUUUUGAUGUGAAAAAUGAUUUCCAUAUCAAGAUCAUAUCUGACUGUUUCUGUGUGAACUAUCAAGCUAAGGCUUGAGGAACAAUGCCACAUAUCUGUGUGAACUUUUAUGAAAUAUUUACUGAUAUUAUCUGUGGAGAAAGAUGAUCCUGUUUUGUUGUGUGUCUCAUAUGAUGUCAAUUAAAUUGCCACUAAGCAAGACUUUUGAUGGUAUCAUUUGGAGAUAAAUGACAGGCAUGGAAUGAGUGAUUCCAACCUUCUAACUUACACUUGUUUUCUAGUGCAUGGUAAGUGAUGCUUGAAGACCUUUAGGGAAAGGAUGAUGUCAAAAGAUAACAAUCGAAAGAAUUGGGAUGCUUGUGCUUGGUUGAGGCACAUGCCCUCCAGAAACCAUGAACUGGCAAUUUAGCAUCAUGUCCAUGCCUUGAUACACUUUCUUCUGGAAAAUAUUUGUAGCUUCAGUCUCUAGAUUCUAGCAAGCUGUUGUUGCCACUAGCCUAUUGAUGAUAGCUAACAGAUUGCCCUAUCAAAGUUGCAAUAAACUACAUACAAUAUGAUCAAGCAUCCUUGACAGUCAAGUUCUUUUUGAUUUUUUAUGCAUUGCACAGGAGGAUAGUGAAGUUGAUUUCUAGUUGACUUGCAGAGUAGAUGAGGUAAUUGGCGAUCAUUUGCAUUUCAGAUUGCUUUUGUGGGGGUUUCCUCCCCACUCGGUGAAGCAUCAGAUUCCACCAAACGCUCAUUCAUUUGGUUCAUGCAGAACAAUCUUUUUCACACAACUGUAUUAGUAGUCCUCGAGAAUAGAUUCUCAUCUGUUCCAAGAUAAAAAAAGAAGGUGCUCGUAUUAUCUUUAGGGGAUUCCUUUGCUCGGUGGCAUAAAUGCACCAAGGGAGGCCCGGUUGCACGGCCCCAAGAAAGCAGCUGCAUGGGGGGGUCGUCUUCUUCCACUCAGAGACUUGUUGUCAUCACGGUGGGGCUUCUCGCCGUGCUGUCGCCGCUGUACGUGGGCAGGAGAGGGCGGGACGAGCCGGACGACGGCGGUGGCGGUGGAGCCCUGUCGCUGUGGCUCCUGCUCCUGCUACUGGUCUUCGUCAUCAACCUUACGUGCUGCGCCGACCGCAGGAUCAUGAGGUUUGACCCCUAUUGGAUCCAUAGAUUUGGAGGGUCUUCGUGUGGGAUCAUUGUGCUACUUCUGGUUCUUGGAGUUGUGCUCAGGUGCAAGGCUUCGCUGGGCGGUUGAUCUGGAUGCCAUCGAUGGAAGCAAUUUUUUGUGGAGGUGUCGAUGUCUUGCUCGUUGAUGAUGUCGAGUGCGGUUUAAUGUUGGGAUUUGACAUUUUGUCAACCCCAUGAAUCCACUGUCCAUUACUCAGCUGAAUGAGGAAGCGAGAUUAGUGGAAGAGAGGCUUCAAUCUUUUCCUAUUUAAGAUGUAAAAAAAUAGACAUUAUUUUUUUAAUUGCAAGCAUAUGAACACUAAUUCAUAUCUUUUUUGGUUGAAAUUGUUAGUGAUUUAAGCUAAAUAUUAUCGGGAAAAGGAUUAUUUAAUAGUUUGAGGAAGAUAUAAUUAGGAAAGAACGACUGAUCACUACAGAGAGUCCCACCCAACGUCAUGGCGAACACCGCACAUCCGAAGCUCCUCGCUCUUCUCUACGCUUCCACUGACACUCCGGGUGGAGGAUUUCUGGGGACUUGUUGAUGCAGUCGAUGAUGACCCUACCAACGAAGAUUCAUCCAAGAGCUUCUCCGAAACUUGCAUGGCAUCGGAGCAUCGCUUCUCCUGUGGGCAGACAAUUAUAGGGUUCCUCACGAGUCUUUUGGCGGAAAGCUGCCGCAGGGACUAAUUCUCGACCAGCAAAACAGCCCCACAAGUACAAGUAGGCAAGAGAGACGAGUGAUGCGUGCAGCAUCGGCAUGGUCAAUGGUCGGUCUCCCCAGUUCUAUCUAAUUGCUCGAGGGCAGAGGAAGCAGUGGUCCAUGAUUGGGUUGGCUUUUGGGUCAGCAUCUGCUCUCCACUGGACGGGUCCAGCCUGAGGAAUAUAAUCCUUAGCUCUCGUCAAUGAAACGAUGCUGCUUGCGAGUGACUGCAGUCUCGCUUCCACUUUGUCUUCAGCUUUCAUGGUGUGGGGCAUGUCUGCGGCUCUGUGUUGCAGGCCUGCCUUUUUCUGGCUCCCAUGUACGGGAUCACAGCCUGUGAUGCUUGCCCUCCUUUGUGGCCGAUGAUCUUCUGUUUCACGGAAAUGGGAGUGCUGUUGGGCUGCAGCAGUCCCUGCUGCGUUCCUCUGCUUCGGAUUUGACAGAGGUAGAUGAUGGAUUAACAUUUAGUUCUGGGUCAGAUCCAUUGUCCUUGUUGGGGGUUGAUAGUCAAACCCAUCACAAGAACUCCUGCAAACCAUCAGAUCGUUGAUUCUGCCUAUGCCCGUGACUCUUUCCUGCAGAGAAGUGUGUUUAAUGUUCCAUGGAGAGAAAUAGAUACGAUUAAACGCCUUUCCAGUGGCGUUGGGCCGACGAGUUCCUCUCUAUUCUCUGAGCUCGUCGCUUCCUUGUCCGGACGGCAAAAGUUGGAGGAAGAGCUUCCCAAAACAGCGGCAGAUCAUUUAGCGAGGAAACGGGAGGGGAGCAGCUACCGCAGCCUCCGGUCCAAAAGGGAACACCUGCAAUUCCCUUGUGCUAUUCCUUUUCAAGUGUUGACAGCGCUGUACGUGCGUCUGUUUUCAGAAGGAAGAUCAUGUCAUUGUUCUAAUGAGUUCAGCAUCACACAUGGCUUCCGAUGCAUCAGAGCCCGAAUUCAUGUGCAGGCAGGCCAGUCACCGUGGAUCAUCAAUAUUAAUUGGCCUCCGCAAACAUGAGUGUCGCCUUCUGCUUCUCACAGACAAAAUGGAAGAAGAAGAAGAAGAAGAAGAAGAAGAAGAGGAUAUGGAACAAGCUGAAGCACCUGUUCAAAUGUUCUUGCCUUCAUGAUGUAGGCUGACACUUGUCCAUGGUUACCAUGGAUUUCCUUGCACCUUCACACAAACAGCUGCAACCAUGAACCGGUAAUCAACGAUGGCUCGAACAAGCGGACAGAAACAGGGGCAGGGGAUUUGGUGCUUUCUCCAUGGACCAAUCUCCAGCGAGAGAGAUGCAGAUUCCGGGUGCGCAAACGAUGGGCCAAAUGGGUCCCGACCAUUCAUGUCGUCGAGCAAGCAGAUCUAGAGCGCCAUGGCUGCCGUCCCCGCCACGUCUCGGAGGAGCGGCUGCCGUCCCAAAUUGGAUCGCAACCCGCAUCCGACAACUUAUCGGAUCCUCGGUUCGGAUCUAAGUCGAGAAUCCAAUUUGCAUGUGUUCGUUGUUUACUGGACAUGCACGUGAGUGAAAUAUGUAGGAUUAUACGCCCCUUAAACUAUGGAUUUGUAGGAAACAUAACAUUAUAGCAUGACUUGCCAUUGUAAUCCGUACCUUAUUUAUUGGUAACACAUCCUUUUAUCUUUUCUCA